UGACGUCAGUUUUGUGCCUGACUCCGUGUUCUCAGCGUUCUCAUUAUCAUUUCAGCAGGAAAUCAGGAAUCUGUGAUCAGUCCCGAACUUCUCUCCAGUUCUGCUCGAGACGCUGUCGCAGUUAGGAUUUCUGCAGCUUGCAAACUGGACUACCACUAAACAAUGAAAACGAGGGUUUUGAUCCUGCUCUUAACCUUACACAUCUAUAUAGAAGGCAACGAAACGCCAACAGGUGGUUGCACCUUCGAUGAAGGCUCUGAUCCCAGCCUUUGUGAGUACAGCCAGGGCGAGGAAGAUGAUUUUGACUGGCAGCUGGUCAAGACCUAUCCAGCGCCGCACUCCACUUCUGACCUCCUGCCCGGCUCCUACAUGAUGGUGAACUCCUCCCAGCAUGCCCCCGGGCAGCAUGCCCAGCUGCUCCUGCAGAGGCUCAGUGAGAACGACACACACUGCGUCCAGUUCAGCUACUUCCUGUACAGUCGGGACGGGCACAGCCCCGGAGCUCUGCAGGCUUUCGUCCGGGUUAACAGUGGCCCGCUGGGCAGCUCUGUCUGGAACAUCUCGGGCUCACAUGGGCGGCAGUGGCACCAGGUGGAGCUGGCCGUGAGCACCUUCUGGCCAAAUGAGUACCAGGUCCUUUUCGAGGCCACGGUCUCCAAGGAGCGUCGUGGAUACAUUGGGAUGGAUGACAUCUUGGUUCUGAACUAUCCGUGCUAUAAAGCCCCCCACUUCUCGCGGCUGGGGGAUGUGGAGGUGAACGCUGGACAGAAUGCCACGUUCCAGUGUGUGGCAUCAGGACGAGCCUCGGAGACGGAGAGAUUCCUCCUGGAGAGACACAAUGGGGACCUGACUCCGGCCUCUCAGGUCAAACAACUGAGCCACCGGCGUUUCCUGGCCUCAUUCCAGCUGGACGCUGUGAAGGAGGAUAGGGAAGACUUGUACCGUUGUGUCACGCAGUCCUCCCGCGGUUCGGGGGUUUCCAACUUCGCAGAGCUCGUCGUAAAAGUGCCCCCGUCACCGAUCGCUCCUCCCCAGCUGCUGAGGGCCGGCUCCACCUACCUGAUCAUUCAGCUGAAUACCAACUCUAUCCUGGGCGACGGGCCCAUCAUUCGUCGUGAAAUCGAGUACCGGGCCAGCCAGGCGCCCUGGUCCGAGGUGCACGCGGUCAACAUGGCCACCUACAAGCUGUGGCACCUGGACCCUGAUACAGAGUACCUCAUAAGCGUCCUGCUGAGCCGCCCGGGAGAGGGGGGCACAGGCAGACCCGGACCACCGCUCAUCAGCCGUACCAAGUGUGCAGAGCCCAUGCGGGCGCUAAGGGGACUGACGGCCUCAGAGAUCCAGUCCCGCCAGCUGACUCUGCAGUGGGAGCUGCCAGGCUACAACCUCACUCGUUGCCACACCUACUCUGUGUCUCUGUGCUACCACUACGGGAUGGGUGGUAGCGGCGGGCACAACACCACAGUGCGGGAGUGCCUGACCAUGGAUCACAAUACCUCCCGGUACACCCUCCGGGACCUGCCUCCCUACCACACCGUCCACAUCCGGCUGGCACUCGCCAACCCCGAGGGCAAGAGAGAGAGCAAGGAGGCCACCUUUCAGACUGAAGAGGACCUUCCGGGUGGGAUCGCCUCCGAUUCCCUCACUUUCACCCCCCUGGAAGACAUGAUUUUCCUGAAAUGGGAGGAACCAUUGGAACCAAAUGGACUCAUAACCCAGUAUGAGAUCAGUUACCAGAGCAUCGAAUCUUCAGACCCUGGCAUCAACGUGCCUGGCCCUCGCCGUACCGUCUCCAAGCUGCGCAAUGAGACCUACCACAUGUUCUCCAACCUGCAGCCUGGGACCACCUACCUGUUCUCCAUCCGGGCCCGCACUGGCAAGGGAUUCGGCCAAACAGCCCUCACCGAGAUCACCACCAACAUCUCCGCUCCUGUGUUUGAUUACGGAGACAUGCCUCCACCUCUCGGCGAAUCAGAAAGCACCAUUACUGUACUUCUGAGGCCUGCCCAAAGCAGAGGAGCUCCGGUCAGCAUGUACCAGGUGGUUGUGGAGGAAGACAGACCCAAGAAGGUGAAGCGAGAGCUGGGAAACCUGGAGUGUUUCCCUGUCCCCACUACACGCCAGGAGGCCCAAGCCAAAGGAGGCGUACACUACUACACCGCCGAACUACCGCCCAGCAGCCUGCCAGAGGCCAUGCCCUUCACUGUUGGAGACAACCAUACGUACAACGGCUACUGGAACACACCGCUUGACCCCAGGAAGGCCUUCCUCAUCUACUUCCAGGCCCUGAGCAACUUCAAAGGGGAAACAAGAAUUAACUGCAUCAGAAUUGCCCGUAAAGCUGCCUGCAAGGAUGCGAAGCGUGCCUUGGAGGUGUCCCAGCACUCAGAGGAGAUGGGUCUGAUUCUGGGCAUCUGUGUUGGGGGGCUGGUGGCUCUCAUCCUGCUCCUGGGGGCAAUCAUCAUCAUCAUCAAGAAGGGAAGGGACUACUAUUCCUACUCUUACUACCCUAAACCGGUGAACAUCAACAAGACUCCCAUCACCUCCCGGCAGGAGAAGACGCACAUGAUUGGCUCGAUGGACAGGAGCUUCACUGAUCAGAGCACGCUGCAGGAGGAUGAGCGCCUGGCCCUGUCCUUCAUGGAUGCUCAAAACUGCAGCAACAGAAGGUCUGGUUUUGUGGCCCCCGCAGGCGAGCAGCGCAGCACGGUGAAUGAGUCGAGCAGCCUCCUGGGGGGCUCCCCGCGACGGCAGUGUGGGCGGAAGGGGUCCCCCUAUCAUACGGGGCAGCUGCACCCCGCAGUCCGCGUGGCUGACCUGCUCCAGCACAUCAACCAGAUGAAGACCGCUGAGGGCUAUGGAUUCAAGCAGGAGUACGAGAGUUUCUUUGAUGACUGGGAUGUAUCCAAGAAAAAGAACAAGACAAAAGGUAGACAUGACAGUCUUCUGGCUCAUGAUCGCCAUCGAGUCAAGCUGCACCCAUUACUAGGGGACCCCAACUCGGACUACAUUAAUGCCAAUUAUAUUGACAUUCGGAUAAACAGGGAAGGUUAUCACAGAUCAAAUCACUUCAUAGCAACACAAGGUCCCAAACAGGAGUCGGUGUAUGACUUCUGGAGGAUGGUGUGGCAAGAGAACUGCUUCAGCAUAGUCAUGAUCACCAAGCUGGUGGAAGUUGGGAGGGUGAAAUGCUGCAAGUAUUGGCCUGAUGAUACAGAAAUAUACGGGGACAUUAAGAUCACACUUCUGAAUACAGAGAUGUUGUCGGAGUACACAGUUCGUACAUUCACCCUGGAGAGGAGGGGUUACUCAGCAAAACAUGAAGUGCACCAGUUCCAUUUCACAUCGUGGCCUGAACACGGGGUGCCUUACCAUGCCACGGGGCUGCUGGCCUUCAUUCGCCGAGUCAAGGCCUCCACGCCUCCCGACGCUGGGCCAGUCGUCGUCCACUGCAGUGUUGGGGCUGGAAGGACAGGUUGCUACAUCGUCCUGGACGUCAUGCUGGAUAUGGCCGAGUGUGAGGGAGUGGUGGACAUUUACAACUGUGUCAAGACACUCUGCUCGCGACGCAUAAACAUGAUCCAGACCGAGGAGCAGUACGUUUUCAUUCACGAUGCCAUCCUGGAGGCCUGUCUGUGUGGCGAGACCGCUAUCUCCGUCAGCGAGUUCAGUCUUACCUAUAAGGAGAUGCUGAGAGUGGAUUCCCAAAGCAACUCCUCACAGCUCAGAGAGGAAUUCCAGACACUGAACUCGGUGACCCCUCACCUGGACGUAGAAGAAUGCAGCAUUGCUCUGCUUCCACGGAACCGCGAGAAGAACCGCACAAUGGAUGUGCUGCCUCCAGACCGCUGCCUGCCCUUCCUCAUCACCACUGAUGGGGAGAGCAACAACUACAUCAAUGCAGCUUUGACUGACAGCUUCAACAGGCCCGCAGCCUUCAUUGUAAGCCUGCACCCCCUCCCCACCACCACCGCAGACUUUUGGAGGCUUGUCUUUGACUACGGCUGCACCUCUCUCGUCAUGCUCAACCAAAUCAAUCAGUCCAACUCAGCGUGGCCCUGUAUGCAGUAUUGGCCUGAGCCAGGACUCCAGCAGUAUGGCCCUAUGCAGGUUGAGUUCCUAUCCCACUCAGCUGACGAUGAUGUCAUCACGCGCCUCUUCCGUGUUCAGAAUAUGACACGGUUACAGGAGGGUCAUCUGGUGGUCCAGCAUUUCCAGUACUUGCGGUGGUCUGGCUACCGGGAGGUCCCGGACUCCAAAAAAUCCUUCCUGAACCUGCUGGCACACGUGGACAAGUGGCAGAGAGAAUGUGGCGAGGGGAGGACUGUUGUCCAUUGUCUGAAUGGCGGGGGCCGCAGUGGGACGUUCUGUGCCUGCACUAUGAUUCUGGAGAUGAUUCAAUACCAGCACAUGGUGGAUGUCUUCUACGCAGUCAAAACAUUACGCAACUCCAAGCCCAACAUGGUGGAGUCUCUGGAACAGUAUCGCUUCUGCUAUGACUUGGCACUGGAGUAUCUGGAGACCCUAGAUGUGAGAUAGCAGUCAGUGACCUGUCAACCAAAAAAAAAAAAUGGACUACUGCCUGUGUGAAAUACUUCUUAACACUUAUUAACUCAACUUGGAUUAUGGGCUAAACUGCAGUUCAGAUGGGAAGGAGAGGGAUCCACAGAGAGUUUAUCCUCUCCACAUCUUUGCUCUUUGUAUUUUCCUUACAACUUACUAUUUCAGCCACCAGUAUGACUUUGUAUGUUUACAAUGGCCUCUCCCUUAUUGAUGAAUGGUGCUUAAAAAAAAAAAAAACUACCAUUCUUUUUUGACCAAGCUUGGAUAUCUCCACCAGUUUUAUUGAGCAUUUGGUGGAAAAUUGGAACGUUGGACAAGAAAAACCAAGGAUAUAGACCAAGAUGGUAUCUUGGGCUUCUGAAGGACCCCUUUUUUUACCACCACAUUGGUGUGUGUAUCACUCUUCAGAAUGACUGAGGAGGGGUGGAGCUUUUCAUUGCCAGUUAUCUUGUUCUAAGGAAAUGACUUGCGAGUUAUAUUGAAAACUAGGAUUAAAAAGUUAAAACAACUAAGGAGAAUGUUUAAUGUAAAAGUAAACACACUUAAGGGAAUGUCCCACAUCUGGGUUGCUGUUUUUAACCGAACAGUAACAUAAACCCAGUCAUGUGGAACAAGGAGUUGCAAUGGAUCUUGUUUAUACUGUAUAUGUAUUUAAUUAUUUGCAAAAGUUUCUAUAUGUUGUCUGAUGUCCAAGCUGAGUUUCAUAUACAGUGCAUAUUGAGAAAUCAUAAGCACAGCAGAAAAUGCUAUGUAUUUAUUUGAUCGCUGAUGUUUUAAAGAAACAAAUAUGGUCUCCAUUGUUGCCAUACACAAUUUUGUUUCAAUAAUUAUCAUCCAAGCGACUGAAGCUAUAAAGGUCGAAGAUACCAUUGUCUAUGACUGAUCCAAUCAAGUCAAGACAAAAGUCUUCAUUUACUUAAGGCCUAUCCUUGAUCGCUUUUGUAAAAUGUAUUUAUUGAUCAGCUUAUUUAUUUUAGGCAGUGAUUGCUGUGCCUCGGGUCAAUUUGUUCUAAUUUAUUUUCUUCAGACCUGUAGAUAUCCUUCUUAAAAAAUGUUGAAGAUGUGCAAAUAAUUUGACUACUUGAAUUGUAAUAAUCUGUUUUUCUUAACAACUCAAGGAGAUCUGAUUUAUGUUUAAUAAGUAAAUAAAUAAAUAAAUAAAUAAAUUGACAGCUACUUUGGAAAACGUGGUUAUUGACCCCUUCCAACUGUAAUAUAUUAUUUUAACCAAAAUUGUUUUGCAAAAGCAAAUACUUUUCAAACCAUUCUAUAAAAAGCACAAAACACCCCAUAUAUAAAACUGGGGAAAAAAAAAAAAAAAAAACUUUUGUCAUUCAGUAUCAUAAUAAUUCAGAUCAGCACCACAUAGUUUCUGUUCUAACAGAAAGGAAAACUUGCACUGUGCGACUAACAAAACAUAAAUCAUUAAGUUCAGUUAAACACAAUUCACAAAGCCCUUACUCCAAUGCAUCAUGGUGAAAAAUAAUAAGUACCUCCAGGAUUCUUACAUUUUCUACAUUGUUCAUUUAUAGUUUUGUAACUUUGACUGGUGUUUUUAUUGUUUUAAAAAAAUGUGCUAAUGACCAUUUGGAGUUAAGGCUUUGUGAAUUUGCCUUUUUAUUGUCUUGAUAAUAACCAAAUACAGUUUGAUACAGUACCUCUAGAAUCUCAACACAGAACCAUUCAAACACACCUUAAGAAAUAUUCUCAGUUUGUCUUUUAAUACGUGAUCGCUUCCUCUGUGGGCCUUCAUUUUUUUUUCGCAAAAUGUCAAAAAUAUUCAAAAAUGCAGGUUUGCCUAGAUUGGACAAAGAGUUGAAGUCCCACACCUGGUAUUGCAUAAAUGUAAUCGUAUGCACAACAAAUGUGUGUAAUUUUUUGAUUAAAAAAAUAAAAUAAAAUAAAAAUCUAUACUGAAUUAUUUGCACAUCUCCACUAAACAUCCACAUUUCCAAGAUUGUUCCAAAGGGCCUUUCCAAAGGAUGCUCUGGUUGUUUCAUCUGUUAAUCUCAUCGUUCAAUAUACCUUGUAUGUCUGUUCAAUUCCGUUCAAUUUCCAUUUAUUUGUAACCAAUCGGAGACUCCAUCACAAGAAGCCCUCCAAUAGAGUACUUUUACUUCUGUAUAAAUUACUGCAGCAUCCAUGUGUAUGUACUAUAUAUAUAUAUAUAUAUAUAUAUAUAUAUAUAUAUAUAUAUAUAUAUAUAUAUAUAUAUAUAUAUAAUCUACACUAUAUUUUUCACAAUGGUUAAGUGUUUAGCCUGAUUUUUCUUAACAUUUAACACUUGGCUAAUGUUUAACCUCUAAACUGUUAACAUCAGUACAUCAUUCCAAAGAUUAAUUACCAUAAACAUGCCAACAAAUAUAUCUGUGAGCAGUGUUUUUCUCAUUUCAAAGGAUUUCCCACAGGUGUAUUCAUAAGCUAGGAAAUGCCAAUAUUGUAAAGACUGUGUUAGUUGUCGUGUUCUUAUAUUAUCUAGUGGGUACGUAUAUUAUUCUGAUCAAGAGGAACGUGACAAAAGGAAGUCUUCUGUUAAAACUCCUAAUUUGUCAAUAGUACUUGGAUUCAUUUGGUGAUCUUUUAGUGUAGUGUUGUAUUGGAAAAUAACCAUUGCAGAUGCAGGGGUCCACUGGAGAUAUUAAACAAAUGGAAGGGGUUUAAUAUUGUUAGUGAUCUGAUUUUUCUUUUACGAUGAUUUCAAAAUGUCUGUAUAUUUACAUAGAUUCUUUUGAGAUUCUUCAGAGAAGUGCAGGAGUUUGGUUAUUGAUUAAGUUUAAAUCUCGCAGUGCCUCAAAGCAAGGACAAUGUGAUCCUUUUAAGCUUGGUGGUAAACCACUUCCUUGUGACUACAAGGCACACUAGGGAUGUGCACAGAUUUGAAACCUGAACCCCAAAACUGUAUUUGGAUUUGGGCCAAUUUGUGCAGGAUGAUUUUUCUGGCUCCUCAUUCAAACUCUUGAUUGGUUAGAACUGCUAAGAAAUAAAUAAUAACUUAAACCCAAUGAGAAGCAAGGGGAGGUGGGGCUUUCAACUGCCUGAAAGUGAUGUCCAUCAACCAGGCCUCUGCACUUCCAUUCAUCCUAUAACCCUCACAACACGCUUUACAGCCAAUGAACACGCUUUAAUACUGUUUUUCUUGAUUUUAAUGUAAAGGGGGAUGUUAAAACAAACCAGAACACAAUGACAUCCUUAAUAUUGUAAAGUUAUAAAACCAAACUGAACCAAAUGUUGAAACUGAACACUGUUUACACUCCUAAUGGUUAUGGCAGAAGCCUGACAGAAUACCCCACUUUGAAUGUGUUUAUUUCAAUGAUAUUGAUGAUGUAUGUAACUUGUCUGUUGCUGGGCAGGAGAAACCUACGCAAACAUAACUUACAACUGGAACUCUCCUGAUUUAUUAAAUGUAGUUGACUUUUAACUGUA